GGUGGACAGUGUCUCCCGCGAGGCUCUGCAUCCCGCUCUCAUCAUCCACGGCCGCGUCAUCACUGCGACGCGUAGGCCACCUGGGGACUCGUAAGCCCAUCGUCCGACCCAUAUAAGACCGCAUCGUUGCCGUUCUUAUUGCCCCCAGCCCUCUCUAUUGACACCGUCAUGGAGGACGACGACCUCUCCCUGUACGAGUCCCCCACCUGGGACUCGGGUUCCCUCACCCCUGGCCAGUCGGCCUUCGAGAGACACAAAGCCUCUUUACAGACGCUCCUAGACUGGCUGCCUUACGAAUGCGAGUCGGUCGAGGAUAUGCAUGCCAACCUCGAAUAUAUUGUGUCACGCCUGGCGAUUUGUGCGGAAACGCGGAACUGGCUUACCCUCACGACCUGGGACGGUAUCCUUCAGUGCUGGCUCCUCAUGCAUUAUCCAAUGCCUAAGCCUAUGCGCGUCAAGCUCGUCCAUCUCUAUUACGAACUAUGCCUUGUCCCAGGAUUAGAAUCCCGUGUGGUCCGCAACUGGGCGGAUAUACUCUCGCGCCUACUUGCCAACAGGCCAGACCAAAGACGCAAGCUAGAAAGCACAGACCUCCAGCUGUCUUGGAAGCCCUUGUGGCGCGUUCUUCAAAAAGAAUUGUGGCCGAAGAGACGCCUCCAGGACUCCUCCCGAAACAUGGUCAAUAUUCUGCUCUUUGUGGCAGAGCUAUCUAAGAGGUACUAUCCGGCCAGCGAGAUCCCUGAGAUGAUGACCACGUUCCUGCCUCUGCUGACCAAAGACUCGGCCCUAACGAUGGUCCCAGUCAUGACGUCUUUCCUCCCGCCUACGCAUAGUCAUAUCUACUUGCCUUCUCUCUUCAAGAUUUGGGAGGCGUUCAAUUCGUCCGUAAUCGACGACAGAAUGAUUGACAUGUGUGGAAGCCUCUCGGAAGAACACGUCGCUGGUAAAGCCGGGGAUGCUGGAGAGGAAGGCGGGGCUGCAUGGCAGGAUGUAGGUAUUUGGACCGACUCGCAGUUCAAAUUUCUAGCUGGCAAGGCCUUGAACUCCAUGCAUGUUCCCGUGGGAGGAAGCAAGGGUGCGAGCACAACUGCAGGACACGCGGACCUUUAUGGCGACAAGAACGGUCUCAGAAUCAAGAAGCCCAUAAACAGAGCAAAUGGUCUUGCCAAACUUUUCGUAUUCUCCAUGUGCAUAGACGGCCCCGUCCGCGAGGAGACCGGUGAGGUGAAACGAGGACAACACUUCUCGCCUCAGCCGACUGGCUACCUCGCUGGUUCGAAGGCUCUUGAUCACCUAGACAAGUUGAUCACCAGCACAGAGAGCUACUUCCACCCUUCGAAUCAGGGCUUCUGGAGCUUGAUUUUGACCAUGUUCCUGCACCGUCUUACGGCUGAAUUUUCGAAGCGAUGGCAGGAGGAGCAAGAGCCAACCUGCAAGACGCCCAUCACUCGUCGUCUUACCCUUGAUAUGCGCCGCGCCUUUGUGACCACGCUACGGACGGCCGCUCUCCUGUCGAUGUUCUCCAAAGACCCGUUCACCAUGGGGUACGCACAGGCAUCAUUGCGCUCGCUUGCUUUCAUCGAGCCGAAGUUGAUAAUGCCGGAUCUACUCGAGCGAGCGUACAAUGGCCUCGAGGUGGUCAAUGAGACUCAUCGCACGACGGCAGUCUUGACGAUGUUGGCAGGUGUCGCGCAUCCGUUGGUCUGCGAGAAGGCGUGGCUAGGCGGGCAGAAACACGUAGUACCCUUGUUGGAGAUGUGUAUACCGGGUAUUGAUCUCAACGACCACGUCAAGACUAUCUGCGCUUGCAUGUUCAUCUCUUCGGUCGUACAGUACAUCAGGAUCGGAGACGUCUCAAUGCACUCAGCUGGCGUCCCGCUCACAGACGAUGCAACAGCCGGAGAAAUGAUAGACAUCGAUGAGGCUGCAGACAGUCAACUGCCUGACCGUGCCGUGGGUGCUGGCGCGCCCGUCAUGAACAAAGAGGAGGAACGUGCUGCGGCAAGAGAGAGCACGACCGCUUUUGCUGACUGGGUGACCGCGAUGUUCAGGCGCGUGCUCGCGCUGUACGAGAACCUGCCUGAGGAAGGCGGCCGGCGGGCCACCACCGGGGGCAAGAUGGAAGAAAGCGUUCUGAGUGCCAUCAAGAACAUGCUGGAUAUCGUCUGCUUGCACCUGUCUGACGCACUCUUCGAUCUCGUGCUGAGAUUGGUCUACGAUUACGCCACCACAAACGCGAAAGCAAAUGCUGUCAGAGCAUUCGGACAGUUGAUCUCGUGUCUAUCUAGGGCACAGCCUGAGAAGACAGUGACGAAGUUCUUGCCCUUCUGCAUAGAUCAGAUCAAGGAGGAGUUAAGGCAUGGCGCAUCCAGCAUGCGCACGACCUCCGUCCACACGCCUAUCCCUUCUGACACGACCUUGCAUUGGAAUAUAUCUAUCCUUCGCGGAUGCUUUGCUUAUGGGGGUGCAGUGCUUGUGAAGUACAAACCCGAGAUUCUGUCCCUGACAUCCCUUCUCGUCGAGAGGGCCAAGAGCGAGCGCGGUUACAGUAGCACCGGACGUCUGCUCAAUCGAGUACUCUCUACCCUAACGUCCAUAUACCCAGUAAACAGUCGCUGUGUCAACACGAAGGAGUGGAACAAGCCAGAGUUCGAUCAAAUUCACUUGAAGUACUGGGGGACGUUGUAUGAUCCCCAGGACGCGGAGAUUGAAUGGCACGUGCCGUCGUCGGACGAGAUUGGCUUCGCAUUGGAGAUCUUGGACAAAGUCGCAUCACCUGCCCUAGACAAGGUGGAGGCUCUCGCGAAAAUCGCGGACAGUUGGGACGAAGUAGGACGGAAUGACUUCUGCCGAUACUUGUGUGCGCUCAGAUCGAUGUGGAGCGGGUUGUCAACACUAUUCCAAGAGGGACCAAAGGUCGUUGCGAACCCUUGUCUCAACACAGAAUGCGAGUUACCCGAGCUUCUUGUGACCCCCUUGGACGUGAAGUGUGGGUUCGCAUUGGCUGAUCCGCAGGAUCCGCGAUACCAGACAGCUAUGGCAUCAAGGACGAGAUUUGGCGAAGUCCUCCACAGCGCUUCCGCCGCUUUGCGACAGCUGAAGGGUGGGGAGGACCACCUUGAUGCCCUUGUUGGCCUCUCGAAGUCCAUAGAUGUCUAUCUGCUCGACUAUGCAAUGACACGAUCGACCUUCGAUUCUUUGCGCAAAGCCUAUAUACAGUCUCGAGAUGCAACACGCAUGUGGUCUCGACAGCGCUCAAGUCCAAGAAUGGUCUUGAUCAGGAGAGCGCACGCUUACCACGCCGGGCGUGUCUACAUGCAUGCCCUAUACCGCCGACGUUCCCAACUAGAUGAUCAUCUACUACAAGAUCUGGUCGAGAUGUCGUUGUCGCCUUACUUGAGGUUGCGGAAACAUGCACAGGCGGUUCUUUACAAUGCAUGCGGUUACUUCGUACGAUCCACGAAACUAUGCCUACCCUAUGUGUUCGGAGCUCUUGCGAAGGGCACAGAUCCCGACCGUAUGAAGGGCGCCUUGCAUGUUCUGUGGAAUAAAGGCAUAGCUUCAUACGCUCUUGCCGACAUUGACUACAGCGGGCAGUACUUGCUAUCUGUGCUAAAUUGUCAACAUCAAGAGAAGCCUUCUAUCCAGAAGAUUGUAGGCAAUCUGGCACAAGACGCACUGGCAUACCUCGCUGAAGAUGCAGUCCAUACUGAUGCUUGCGUGGAAGACCACCCAGGAGUUGCCAAGGCUGUCGCUGAGGUGAAGCAAGAGUGCAAUCUUGCACACGAUCAUCAGAGUCUUUUGUUGCGUGCUGCUGAGAAGCGCGCAGCGCGCAGCAGACUUCGAAACAAGAGACACACGGACACUCUUUCUGCAGUUCUCAACGUCGCGAUGCGACCGGUGACACAUUGGCGGUAUGUCGAGAUGGCGACGCAAUUCCUGUUCCGCUUUCUACGGAGGGAUAUCAGCCCUCCUCCCGAACUUUCAAGCUUCUUCGUGGCCAAAUCCGUCGACCCGCAUCCGACAACAAGGCUUGUUGCUCAGAAGGCCGUCGUCCGACUGACGUAUCAUAUCAAGAUACGCACAUAUGCUAGGACAAACGACGAGAUGUGGUUGGAUGAAUGGCGUUGUCCGCUCGAAACCGAUGUAACCAUAGUGGAUCCAACUGCUUUCUUAAAGACCCUGGAACAGCCGCCGCAGGCGGACGUUAAUGGACGAUCGACUUAUGUGGACAAGAUCUCCACUGGUUUCAUUGCAUGGCAAUCGACGUUGAAAGCGUACAGAGUUGUUCCAGAGGGAGAUCCGCCGUUCUUGUGGGACACUUCCUCGAUCCCUGCUUUGCAAAGCAUGAAGGCUGCCCUGAGCGAGAGCGAAUUCGUACCAAGUCUGAUCUCGCGAUGGUCUCAAGAGUCAAGCAAGAACAUUGCUUCACCGGAUCUUAGGAUGGACAAUGUCACGUAUAUGAAAUCACUUGCCAAGAUCUUCCAACAUGAGCUGCUCGAGCUUAUACUUCCUGCCAUCGAGCCGUUGCUCAAGGAUAGCGAUCGCUUCAAACAACGUGCGGGCGCAGAGAUGGUUAUUGGUCUACUACGAGGGUCGAAGCACUGGCCGAAGCAAUGGCGCGACCAGUUAUGGGGCUGGUUCAUGGCGCAGAUACAGGCCAUUCACAAUAGCAUCAGACCUGAUACAUUGUCUUUCUGGGAUGCAGCGUUCAAUGAGCUACUGAUAGAAAGGGAUCCAUGGCGGUCUGAACCCUUCAUCAAGUGGAUUCUCUCGCUGCCUUUGGACUUCCACGGAGAUUCGACUUUCGCUAUGACCAAAUCCCUAAUGCUAUUCAAUGCCGUUAUCGACAGCCUUGGUUUGCGAUUCCUCCCGGCUUGCGACAAGUACAUGCGCCUCUUCUUGGAUAACGCAAACACAGGCUAUGCGGAGAUCCGGACCCAAAUCGCGCAAAAUCUGCAUGCUAUUAUCGCGACCCAAUGGCGACCAACAUACCCUUCGACCGAUGCAUUCCUCCGUGCCUGCGAACAGCAACGGGAUCCUCUGCAUAUCAGAGAUGCCAGAUACAUGGAUCGCAUCGUCUCAAUCGUACAGCUGUUCCCGCAGUGGAGAUUGGAACGAUUGCCGCCGCCGCGAGUCGCACAUUCCCAAUACGACAAAGUGGGCUUGACGAUGCUUCAGUGGUUCUGGGAGUGUUCGCACAAUCCGCAAGCCGUCCUGGUGCUUCCGUACUUGGUCGCUAUGCUACCUGAGAUUCUACGCAUGUCCGAGCUCAAUGACAACUCGGAACUGCAGAAAUACAGUUCUGCCGUUCUGUACGUCCUGUCCGCAGUGGAUCCGCCCGAGGAGUACGCUGGGGCCAUCGCGGAGAGCUUUUUGGAGGCGAUCAAAUCAUCAUCGUCAUGGCGUAUCCGUUUGAAGGCGCUUCCCACAUUGCUCGUGUUCUAUUACCGCAACCUCAUGAGCAUACCUGGGGACGUCACAUCAAAGAUCAUGGAUGUUCUUCUCGACUGCCUGGCGGAUGAGAACGUUGAGGUACGCGACAUGGCCUCGAAGAUGUUGUCGGGCGUUGUGCGUUGUUCUCAACGCCACAGUAUUCUGUCUCUCAAGGAUCAUUUCCUUGCAUCCGCGAGCAAAGCGAGGUUGCCCAACCGGCGAGAUCCAACCUAUGCAGAAUCACUGCGCACGCUGCACUCUGCUAUUCUGGGACUCUGUGCACUGAUCGAUAGCUUCCCAUACUUGGUGGAGCCUUGGAUGCCACCUCUGACCGAUGUAUUGGCUAUGCACGCAACGGAUCCAGCACCCAUCUCGACGACUAUACGGAAGUGCGCCUCAGAGUUCAAGAAGACGCAUCAGGAUACUUGGCACAAGGAUCAGCUGGCGUUCGACGAAGAUCAAUUGCAGAAUCUCUCUACCAUGCUUGUCGGAACAUCGUACUACGCGUAAUUGCUGAAUCUCGCAAGGUGUCGCUAGCUGCUGGUGUAGGCCUCGAUCAUGGAUGCACGAGUAUUUCUUGUUAUAAUCGCACUGUAUGAGCUACGAUAUCAAGCCAUGUAUUGAGAUGAAUGGCGCAUUUCUUGUAUCCCUAGAAUGAAUCCAGAUAAUUCUUCGCGA